AUGAACCGGUUUGCAAAGGUUAAAACCAGCCCUUCCUCCGACAGUUCCAAACUGCCCAAUUGGAACAGUCCCAGCCAAACCACACUGAAGCGGACUCUAGAUAAGAAAAGACCCCAUCCACCAGAUGAGGAUGCACCGAAACCCUUUCCCAAGACAAGCAAAGUGAGUUCAAAGACCGACGAACCUAGAGUGAUAGGCGCUGUUAAGCUCCGAACGGCGUGGGAAUCGCCCUGGGAGCAAUAUGAGAAAGUCUAUGAUCUUGAACUCGCCGGCGCGGUUGAAGUAGCCGUUCGGAAGAAGGCUCCAGUUCACCUCGUCCAUGUGAGAAGAUUCUCCAAUGCCGAGUCGGAGAAAGUACUCCAUCGGUUCCGACAGCUUCUGCACCCGAACAUCGUCGUCGCCUUGGACGUUUUCAUAAACAACGAUGGGCUCUACGUUGUGCUUGAGCAUAUGUCCAUCGCCCUUGAACGGAUCGUCACUUCCCCUGCUUAUCCAACUGAACAACAGCUUGCCGCCAUUCUGGGCCAGGUGAGUGGCGUCCAUCUAGCUGACUGCAUUUCCUCACUACCAUAG